UUGGACCUGUCACUGUUUGAACGCAUCCUCCAGGUUCUGCAAGUGAUCCUCAUCGGAGAACCUACAUCCACAAUUUAUCAACAUCAAUAACAUGUCCUCGCCACUCCCGUACAACCGCCAAAAUGCACUCGCUUCAACGAUCGCCGCUGACAAUGCCUCCGCGAUCGCGGGCAAAAUCGUACUGACGACUGGCGUUACACAAGGUGGUCUGGGAUCCACCUUUGUUGAAGAAAUUGCAAAGUACAAGCCCGCGCUCUUGAUCCUCGCCGGGCGCUCGCCUUCCAAAGUCCAAGCAACCGCCGACAAAAUCAAAGCAAACCCCCAGAGCGCAGGCGUCGAAACAAGGGUACUAGCCUUGGAUUUAGCAUCGCAAAAGUUUAUCCGAAAAGCUGCUGAGGAAGUCCUAGCAUACCCGGAGCAGCAUAUCGAUGUCGUUGUCAACUCGGCAGGUAUCAUGGCAGGACCGUACAGAACAACGCCAGAAGGAAUCGAGCUACAAUUUGGCUCCAACCAUAUCGGCCACUUCCUCUUCACCAACUUAAUUAUGCCCAAGAUCCUGGCAUCCACAAGCCCGCGCAUCGUCAAUGUGGCCAGCGAUGGGCAUCGCUUCAGUGGCGUGCGCUUCGACGAUCCCAACUUCCAGGGAGGUAAAGUAUACGACGAGUGGGAAGCAUACGGCCAGAGCAAGACUGCCAACAUCCUGUUCUCAAAGGCAUUGGCGGGGAAACUGGGUUCGAAGGGGUUGAAGGCGUACAGUCUCCACCCCGGGCAGGCUCUCGGAACUUCGCUAGCUCCACAGGGGUUUACAGAUGAGGAUCUGGCGACCUUGGUAGCGAAGGAUAAGGCGAUUGGUUGGAACCGUGGGUUUGACUUUAGGAGCCUUGAUGCAUGUACGGCUACGCAUGUUGUGGCCGCUUUUGACCCGCGGCUCGAUGCAUACAACGGUGUGUAUCUGGAGGACGGAAAUUUGUCUGAUGACGUGCAGCCGACUGCAACGCCUCCCGGGGACGAAGAGAAGUUGUGGAAGUUGAGCGAAAAACUUGUAGGACAGACGUUUGAGUAUUGAGAUGGAAAUCGAUAUAAUGGAAGCCAACCAUGGGUCAUGGUGUUUGGACGGGCAUGAGUAAUGAUCAACACAUG